AAGGCUUAUAUAAGUAUAUAUAGACAUCCAUAGGCAGUAACGCUGACGUCUUGGCUUGGGGACGAUAAGCAUAGAAAGAAGAUGGCAAAUCAUGAGCAGCAGAGCAAUGGAAACGGAGAGAUGAACCAACUCAAGAUCCCGGAGAUAAAGUUCACCAAGCUCUUCAUCAAUGGAGAAUUUGUCGACUCCAUCAAAGGACGAAACUUCGAGACGGUGGACCCAAGGACCGGGGAGGUCAUAGCAACUGUCGCAGAGGGUGAUAAGGAAGAUGUUGACGUGGCCGUGAAGGCAGCCCGCACAGCCUUUGAUCAAGGUCCAUGGCCCCGGAUGUCCGGCUUUCAAAGGGCAAGGAUCAUGGAAAAAUUCGCGGACUUAAUCGAGCAAAACAACAAUGAACUGGCGGCCCUGGACUGCAUCGAUGCCGGGAAACUAUUUAUGAUGGGCAAGUUAGUGGAUAUACCUGCAGGAGCGGCCAGUCUGCGUUAUUACGCAGGUGCGGCAGACAAGAUCCAUGGAGAGGUUCUCAAGUCCACACGAUCACUCCAUGCAUACACCCUAAAGGAGCCAAUCGGGGUCGCGGGCCACAUCAUCCCAUGGAACUUCCCGACAUCUAUGUUCCUCAUGAAGGUCGCACCGGCCUUGGCCGCAGGUUGCACCAUGAUCGUCAAGCCCGCUGAGCAGACCCCCCUGUCUGCCCUCUUUUAUGCUCAUCUUGCUAAGCAGGCUGGUGUUCCGGAUGGAGUGCUUAAUGUUGUAACGGGUUUUGGACAUACAGCCGGUGCUGCUAUCAGCAGUCACAUGGACAUUGACAUGGUUUGCUUUACGGGGUCAACUGAGGUCGGGAGGCUAAUAAUGCAAGCAGCUGCAACCAGCAACUUGAAGCAAGUCUCACUUGAAUUGGGGGGCAAGUCUCCUCUUAUCAUCUUCGACGAUGCUGACUUGGACAAAGCUGCUGGGCUGGCUCUACAAGGCAUCGUCCAUAACAAGGGUGAAGUAUGUGUGUCGAGCUCUCGAGUUUACGUCCAAGAAGGGAUCUACGAUGAAUUCGAGAAGAAAUUGGUUGAGAAGGCGAAAGCUUGGAAACUGGGUGAUCCUUUUGAUCCGAAUACUCGUCAGGGACCACAGGUCGAUAAGAGGCAGUUUGAAAGGAUACUUUCUUACAUCGAUAUCGGAAUGAAAGAAGGAGCCACCUUGUUGACAGGGGGUAAGCCUUGGGGAUCCAAGGGGUACUAUGUGGAGCCUACAGUUUUUGCGGACGUUAAGGAGGAUAUGCAAAUCGUAAGGGAAGAAAUCUUCGGACCGGUUAUGUCGCUCAUGAAAUUCAAGACUAUUGAGGAGGCAAUUGAAAGGGCCAACAAUAGUAAGUACGGCCUUGCAGCGGGAAUCGUGACGAAGGACCUGAACGUGGCGAACAGAGUCUCGAGAUCGAUUCGUGCAGGGAUCAUCUGGAUAAACUGCUACUUUGAGUUUGACCUCGACUUCCCCUAUGGAGGCUACAAGAUGAGUGGCUUCGGGCGAGACUUAGGGCUCAAUGCCCUCCACAAGUAUCUUCAGGUCAAGACUGUCGCGACCCCGUUGUACGAUUCUCCUUGGCUCUGAGAAGAAGCAAGUAAAGCCGGGAUUUGAAUCAGUUGGUUUCCAGUUCAGAAUUUUCAUGUACGAAUAAAUUUUCUGUUGUUUCAAUUCUUUCCUCACGUUGAGGCGCCAUUGUGAGUCGAUGAAAAUGCAGACAUGCAAAUCCUUAUAUGGUUAGCAAAUAUACUAACUUCCAUAUCAUUUUUUGAGCUA